CACCGCACCGAACCCUGCAGUCUCUGCGGAACAAACAAACAAAACAAAGUUCCACACGGAGAGAGAGAAGAAGAAGCAGAGGCUUGGAACUAGCGCCGCAGGAGGGAAGUUGAUUGCCAUGGCCAUGGCGGCGGAGGUGGGCUCGAUCGCGAGGCUGCUGCGCGGGGAGGCCGGGAAGAGGGGCGGCGCCCGGCCGGAGAUGGUGACGAUGGAUCUGCUCGGCGGGUGCGGCGGCGACGCCGUCAGCAGCGGGGACGACGAGGUGGUCGACCUCGACGUCAAGGUGCCCGCCGGCUGGGAGAGACGGCUUGACCUAACGUCCGGGAAGACGUUCCUGACUCCCCGCAACCAAGCCGUCCAAGGCGGCGGCGGCGGCGGCCGCAAGGACCUCAGCCUGCCUCCUCCUCCGGCCGCCGCGGUGACCACCUCCGCCGCGGUCUGCACCCUGGACAUGGUCCGCUCCGCCCUAGAGCGCGCCACCGCCGCCCGCUCCGCCGCCUCGCAACCCACUUCGUCGUCUUCCUCCGCGUCGACCUCAUCCUCGUCCUCCUCCUCCGUGGGCAAGCGCCUGCGCUCGCCUCCUGCAACCACGACGGCGUCGCCGCCCUCCAUGCGCGCCGCCGCGUGCGCGUCCUGCCUCACCUACGUGCUCAUCGUCGAGGCCGACCCCAAGUGCCCGCGCUGCCACGCCAUGGUGCCGCCGCUCGCCGCCAAGUCCGCCGACGCCAGCGGGAAGAAGCCCAGGAUCGACUUGAAUGCCGCCGCCGACGAAACCGAGUGAACAUACGCGGUUUCGACAGAUACCAUGGAGGAGAAGAAUAGUUUUUUUUUGGAAAAAAUGUUUUUCCAACCAGCCAAUUUAUUGCUCCUGCUCAUCUCUCUUGAGAAGUUUUUAGAAUAUCCCAAAAAAACAAUUUUACCUGUUCUAUAUUAGAAACUCAUGGUCGAUCGUAGGAUCAAAUCUCAGAUAUGAAAGUUGGACUUUUAUCAAUUCCUUCGUUUUUUGUUUUUCCAUCAAGUCUCCUAGCUGUACAAACUGAUAUGCUAGCUGGAAAACAUCUUCAAUCGGUUCAUUUAUUUGCUAGUA